UGGGUGCUCGUGAAAACAGCUGUAAAUCACGGGUUCCUUUCAAAGAUACAUAAAAAUAAAAAUAAAAAAAGUGUAGAAACGUCUGGGAAUUCACUCAAAAGGACAGAAACGUUUUCUUUUAUUAGAGGAAAAAGAAAAGAAAAGAAAAGAAAGCAAAAAUCUCAAAGUAGAAGACAACAGUCACUUACCAAUCAGAGGAAGAAAAACCAUGAAGCUUUUGUGGGUUUUGGCUCUUGUUGGGCUGGUGACGAUGAGAUGGGCUGAUGGUUUUGAAGAGUUGAAUGUGACUGAGAUUUCAUAUGUGGAAGCUUAUGGUGUUUCCAUCAGGCCUUUGAUGGUGGGCCUCACUCUUAUUCAAGGAGCUGCUGCAAAAGGAGCCGUCUGUUUGGAUGGAACACUACCUGCUUACCACCUGCAUAGAGGGUAUGGAUCAGGAGCAAACAGUUGGCUCAUCCUAUUGGAGGGAGGAGGCUGGUGCAAUGACAUCAGAAAUUGUGUUUAUCGCAAGACAACUCGACGUGGUUCAUCAAAUUACAUGGAAAAGCAGAUACCCUUUACUGGAAUUUUGAGCAAUAAGGCUGAGGAAAAUCCUGAUUUUUUCAAUUGGAAUCGAGUCAAGGUUCGAUAUUGUGAUGGUGCAUCUUUCACCGGCGAUAGUCAAAACGAGGCUGCAAAACUUUAUUUUCGAGGGCAGCGGAUCUGGUCAGCUGCCAUGGAAGAUCUAAUGUCAAAGGGAAUGCGUUAUGCCAACCAGGCUCUUCUUUCCGGAUGCUCUGCUGGGGGUUUAGCAUCUAUACUACACUGCGAUGAGUUUCGGGAACUAUUCCCCGGAAGAACUAAAGUCAAGUGCCUCAGUGAUGCCGGGUUAUUCCUUGACGCGAUCGAUGUAUCUGGUGGGCGUACUCUAAGAUCUAUCUUUGGAGGUGUAGUAAGUUUACAGGGUGUUGGAAGGAAUUUGCCACAGACUUGUACCUCCCACAUGGAUACGAUUUCGUGUUUUUUUCCACAAAACUUGGUGGCAAAUGUCAGGACCCCACUUUUUCUUUUGAACGCAGCAUAUGACUCAUGGCAGAUUCAAGCUAGCUUAGCUCCUACAUCAGCUGAUCCCCGGGGUGUCUGGCGUGAAUGCAAAUUAAACCACGCGCGUUGUGAUGGAUCACAAAUCCAAUUUCUUCAAGGCUUCAGGAAUCAAAUGCUCAAUGCACUGAAAGGGUUUUCAGUCCCCAAGAAAAAUGGUUUGUUUAUAAAUUCAUGUUUCGCUCACUGUCAAACUGAGAGGCAGGACACAUGGUUUGCAGAUGAUUCCCCCAUUCUUGGAAACAAGGGAAUUGCGCAAUCUGUUGGUGACUGGUAUUUUGAUCGAACUGGAGUAAAGGCGAUUGACUGUCCGUACCCUUGUGACAAGACCUGCCACAAUCUGGUAUUCAAGUGAUAGAUUGUCCAUUGGAUUUUCCUCCUGUUUCACAUUUGUUGAAAUAUUUACAUCCGGAGAAGCUGAUCAGUCAAUAAGACUAGAGCUUGCAGAGAAGGGGAAGUGGAACCCGUAAGUUUCUCGCUUGCUGAUGAAGCCUCACGUGUGCAAUUUCUACGUGCCAAUGCUGCAGCUUCUCUCCAAUAUAAAUUUCUGUUCCAUUAAUGCUAUAGAAAUCAAUUCAAGUUGUUGUUAGUUUAUUGCAAUAUAGUGCACAUUGCACACCCCUCUGUGUGAUGUACAACCUUAUGAAUUUAGUUUAAGGAAGAUAUUAAGAAUAUUUCAAUCGCAUGCCUGA